CAAGGUUUCCAAUUUGCGCUUCCAUAAAUUAACCCAAUCGUUACUAUAUCUUCAUCGAAAUCAAAAUCAAAACUCACAACCGAUAUUGUUCCACAUCGCUGUUCUAGUCUAACCCCACAAUCACCGGCGACAAUGUCUGGGCGUGGUAAGGGCGGCAAGGGAUUGGGAAAGGGAGGAGCAAAGCGUCACAGGAAGGUUUUAAGAGAUAACAUUCAGGGCAUUACCAAGCCUGCCAUUCGCCGUUUGGCUCGUAGAGGUGGUGUGAAACGUAUCAGUGGAUUGAUCUAUGAAGAGACCAGAGGGGUUUUGAAGAUUUUCCUUGAGAAUGUGAUUCGUGAUGCUGUUACCUAUACUGAGCAUGCAAGGAGGAAGACGGUGACUGCUAUGGAUGUGGUUUAUGCUUUGAAAAGGCAAGGAAGGACUUUGUAUGGUUUUGGAGGUUAGGGUUAGGGUUUGAUUCGAAGAAUGAUUGUAGACCAUUACCUUUGAUCUUAUAUUUUGUAGUCGAACUCGUUCUUAUUGAUUAAUGUAAGUUAAUUCCUCAUUAGUUGGAAGUGAUGGAAGUUUUACUUCA